AUGCGGAGAUCAGCUGAGUGCUCAGUGAAGGCCCCUCCUGGUAAGAUGAAGGUCAUCCUCUUCAGCCUUUCUCUGCUCCUCCUUCUGGAGAAGCCAGCAGCUGGGAUAGGGAUCUAUGGUGGGACAAAAGGACAGUUUGUAGCAAAAACAUCCCCACUUGUAUUUAUCCAAAAAGACCAAUUCCUCUAUGACCAAAAGGAAGCCCAGGAAGAUGGACCUGAAGAAAGCAUUUUUGUGCAAACUAAGCAUCAUGCAUAUAGCCAGGACGCGGACGCUGAUGCUGACAUGGGAGAGACUCAGAGUUCUCAGGAACAGACAAGCUUAAAGGAAGACACAGCUUGUGAUGAGGAAGACAAGAUUGCCCAACAAAAAGCCCAACUCCAAUCCUGGUCACAGAUAAAAUCUGAAGCCCAAGUAAAAUCCCAUGGAGCCCAACUGAAGUCCCAAACAGGCCAGCUAAAGAUCCUAGGCCAGGUGAAGUCAGAAGUCAAGCUGAAGCCCCAGGCAGCCCGCCUGAAAUCCUACCAAGCACCAGUAUAUAUCAAAAAAGCCUUUCUUCAGCAAACCGACGCCAAAGGCUAUGCCCUGCAUGAAGACCUGGCCCAAGUGCGCCUACAGCAUAAAAAGGCGCACAGCCUCAAAAGAAAGCUUGGCCAUUUCAGGAAAAUAGCAGUUUCCUCACCACAGUUUAGACAGCAACCCCAAGCCUAUGAUGGGUUCAUUUUGCAAUUCCAAGGGCAAGUACAGGGUGGAGGUUACACAAAAUCUUUCCACCAAGCUCAAGGGACAUGCUACUGUCCAAAAGAAGGAUUACUUCUGUAUCAAGGCGCCUUCACAGGAUAAUACAUCCAUUAGUCAGCCAAUGGCCAGGACACAU